AAAUGUGAAUCUGAAGACUUGAAGUGCUACGCAGUCAACGUGAGACCCUUCAGGAUACGCGCUGUGCCCCCACUCCCUCAGAACAAAUCCCUGUCAACACUUCUCAGCGCGUUAUACCUCAAAACCCCGCAACGCGUUCAGCGGUAUUCCCGAAAAGAUGUUCGGGUGAUUUCUUAGUUUGAUCUGACCACGUUUUAGAAGAGGGGAAUAUCGAGAGACCCACAACACGCAAGUCUGUUGAUCCGGAUGAACGAACUGUUGAAAAAGUAAAAACUCGCAACAGAUUUUGCCUUUGGACAACUUCUCUGGAGCUGAGGAGAUGGCAGAAGCUAUGGCUUACUCUCUCUCGCUCAGUCUGCUCUACUUGGGCUUGCUGUGUGGAAACGGACUGGUGUCUGCAAGAGGAUCCGAGCUGUUUACUCCAGAUCCAAGCAGAGGACCUCAUUUUACAGGCUGCCGCUCUAGAGAACAGGAGACCUUCCGUUGUUGGUGGAGCACUGGGACCUUCCAGAACCUCACUGAGCCUGGAGCCCUCAGGGUCUUCUAUCAGACAAAAAAUGCCCUUGAGUGGCAGGAGUGUCCAGACUACACACGUACUGUGGAAAACGAGUGCUAUUUCAACAAGACCUUCACACACAUCUGGACCUCAUACUGCAUUCAGCUGCGCUCAGUUCCUCAAAACAUAACUUAUGAUGACAUCUGCUUUACAGUGGAGAACAUAGUGCAUCCUGACCCACCAAUCGGGCUGAACUGGACUCUACUGAACGUGAGUCGCUCAGGGUUGCACUUUGACGUCCUUGUGCGCUGGGCUCCCCCUCCGUCAGCAGAUGUGCAGAUGGGCUGGAUGAGCCUGGUGUACCAGGUUCAGUACCGGGUCAAGAACGCGUCCCACUGGGAGAUGCUGGACCUGGAGAGUGGCACACAGCAGUCCCUCUACGGUUUGCAUACUGACAAAGAGUAUGAAGUGCGGGUGCGCUGCAAGAUGCUAGCCUUUGACAACUUUGGUGAAUUCAGUGACAGCAUCUUUGUGCAUGUGGCACAGAUACCAAGCAAAGAAUCAACGUUCCCUACAACGCUGGUGUUGAUUUUUGGAGUGAUUGGAGUGGUGAUUCUUCUUGUCCUCCUGAUCUUUUCUCAGCAGCAGAGGUUAAUGGUAAUAUUUUUACCACCUAUUCCUGCACCUAAAAUUAAAGGCAUCGACCCAGAGCUGCUGAAGAAUGGAAAGCUUGACCAGCUCAAUUCUUUGCUGAGCAGUCAGGAUAUGUACAAGCCGGACUUCUACCAUGAGGAUCCAUGGGUGGAGUUCAUCCAGCUGGACCUUGAUGACCCUGCAGAGAAGAACGAGAGUUCAGAUACACAACAUCUGCUGGGCUUGUCCCGCUCAGGCUCUUCUCACGUCCUGAAUUUCAAAAGCGAUGAUGAUUCGGGUCGUGCUAGCUGCUACGACCCAGAACUUCCAAAUCCCGAGGACUUGGCUUCCCUUCUGCCUGCCCAUUCUGGACGGGGUGAGAACCACCCUCUGGUUUCCAGCAGCAGCCCGUCCAUCCCUGACCUUGGCAUCCAGCAGACAUCAGAAGUGGAGGAGACGCCUAUUCAAACACAACCCGCUGUGCACAGCUGGGUUAACAUGGACUUUUAUGCCCAAGUAAGCGAUUUCACACCAGCAGGAGGAGUGGUGCUUUCACCUGGACAACUGAACAGCUCUCCGGAGAAGAAGAAGGAAGAAGAGAAUGAGAAGAAGAUUCAACUCCAGCUGCUUUCCGACGGAGCCUACACCUCAGAGAACACGGCCAGGCAGCUUGACGUGCCGCCUAGUCCUGGUCCUGAGCAGGGGUACCAUGCAUUCCCAACCCAAGCUGUUGAGGGGAACCUCUGGAACGGCGAGUACCUCGUGUCCGCAGGAGAUUCCCAGACGCCGUACCUGCUUCCCGAAGCUCCUCCAGCCCCCACACUGCCACCAGUAUCAGACUAUACUGUAGUGCAGGAAGUGGACGCCCAGCACAGCCUCCUCCUGAAUCCACCUUCCUCACAGCCCGCGCUAUGCCCUCACACCCCAAACAAACAUCUCCCUGCAAUGCCAACCAUGCCCAUGGGGUACCUCACCCCAGACCUUCUAGGAAACCUGAACCCAUGAAGGGACUAAAAAAACGUAAAGUUCAUGGUCUUGUACCUUUUCACUGCUGGAAACCAAAGUUGCAUGAAUGGCGUGACACGGGAAGGAAAUUCCAUAUAGUUUGGGAAUUCUGCACAUGAAUUUUCUCUGCUGUACGCUACAAAACGGAGGAAGCUGAAAAGGUUUCUUUUCUGUCAGCUGUCGCAGUAGUGCUACGCUAGCUCGCCGAGAGAGUUUAAGUGUGUUUUCGAUUUACAAUCUGAAACAGCUGGUUACAUGCAAAAAAAAAAAAAAAAUCACUACAGAUGUAUGCUCGCUUGCUGUGUCUGAGAACCAUUUUGAAAAUGUGUUUAUCUGAUUACAAAGAUACAGAUCUAGAGCUACAGUGGCAUUGGGAUGGCAACAAAAUGAAUUCAAACAUAUCUUUAUACAAAAUUGUUUACACACAGGUGAAAAUGUAAGAUGUAAGAUUUGCUCAUAUAUGGUAUAUUAACUAUAUUCCAUUGAAGUCCCUGAAUUAUUUAGUUUUGUGGACAAGUCUAUUUUUUCUCAAAUCUCCACACAGCCUUGAUCUUGUUAAGGGAACCUGCUUCCCUAGAUUUAUGGGAGCCAUGUUGAGCACUGCAUCCUUUCUGCACAUUUUAUCUUCUGCCACAGCCAGAUGGAUAAACUCAGCAAAUAGGACUAAAACACUAAAAAAUAGGACUGUGGCGCAGAUGUAUAUUUUAGCAUCACUAUAUAUGGCUGUAAUACUUAGAAAAUGUUCUUAAGAGUUUUUGUCAUGAUAUUAGCCCACUGAACAAGGUAUUACCUUGUUCAAAAAGUGAAAAAUGAACUUUUUAUUUGUAUUAAUGUAUCCAGGGGAAAAAGUAAAAAAACAAGCGCUUGUAGAGUCUUUGCGGUGCAAUGCAGACUGUAUGGCACGUUCUCUUGUUACCUUUGUAUAUGUAGCAGUUUUAUAUUGAUGAAGAUACUAUAAAUGAAUCCAUGCAUUUACAAUGGGAGUUGCAUUACAGAAUAGCUGAAAAGAUGUGCCAAUCUUUGGAUUUGUUUUAUUAGACAAAGACUUGCCAUUAAAUAAGGCUAUAAUUCUUGCCAGAACAAUUCAUUCAGUGAUGUCCUCUAGAAAUAGCAUACUCUAAUGCACCACGGCCUCUACACAGGGACAAAAGCUGCUUUUAACUAGAGCUAUUUUAUGAAAUCAUGCAUUAUAAUUAAAGAAAUAAUAACUGGAGAAUUGAAAACUAUCUUUUUUUUAUUUACAACCAUAGACUGUUAAGUUCUCAAACCACACAUUGGAAACCCAAUCGGUGAUUUUCUCACAGAUGUAAUUCUAUGCUGUUUGUACAGAAAAAGUAUUGCUUGUUAAAUUGUAUGAGCUUAUUUUGAGCGCUUUGUGACUCUUACAUGUUCUCU